UAGUAAAAUCGCGGCUCAUUAUCUGAAUCACCUUUAGCUCGGAGCCGCGGAUAUCGAUCACCCGGCGAAGCGGUGACAGGUGAUUGGUCAGAGGGGGCGAGGAUGAAGUUGAUGUCUUCGGAAUAUGGCAGCUUGUAAUGUCCACCCGUCAAUCACCGCCCUGGGAUGGAAAAAGCCCCAAGGAGGAGCCAUCGGGGCGUCCUCCUCGCCGUCUCCGGGGCUGACACGAGGUCCCAUCACUACAGAUUAAUCCCCGGGACGGGAGAAGGGAGGAGAUCUGCCCUCCGAUGGUUUAAAACCCGGCGCCGAGCGGGGUAGGUGGGCACAGGCAUCCUCCGCUCCAGCUGCCCCAGGACAAAGCAGGAUGAAGGACUUCAGCUCUCAUACGACGUGCGUCCUGAUCCUGCUGCUGGCGGCGUCCAUGCUCGGCCCCUCGGGGGGGAUCUCCCAGAACCAUUUCCAGAGGAGAAACUGGACCCCGCAGGCCAUGCUGUAUCUGAAGGGGGCCCAGGGACGCAGAUUUAUUUCCGAUGAAAGCCAAAGAAAAGACCUUUACGACCGGCUGCAGCUGGAGACGCGCAGGAACACGAGUCCGAUCACCAUCUCGGAGGCCGCGGCGAUGUUCCUGAGCUCCCUCCAGAAAGCCCGAGAAGAGGGCGAGGACGAGUCCGCCGAGCAGCCGGGGUAUCUGCCGGACGGGUUCUUCGGCUGGUGAAUUCCUCGUCUCCGCGUUCUCGGCUGCUCGCGAAUCCCGUUCCGUGUGAAAAUGUUCCAUGUGAAACUCUCCGCGCUCCGCGGACGGCACCCCGCUAACGCCUCGCAGACUUCCAAAACACGCCAGUAAAGCGGCCACGGGCGGCCUCGUCAUUACGCGCUCAUCACUGCGACUCGCUUCACUUCUGCUUAACUCGCCGAAAAUUCAAACGAUGCGAUAUUUAUUUUUCUUCAUGAAACCGAUCAAUAAAGUCAAUCCGAGGUAUUUUGGAUACAU